GGUCUGUGGUGAACGUCAGUCUCUAAGCUACAGUACAGGAGGUUGGACAAAUGGGGAGCAUAACUGACGAUGAGGUCAUCCGGAAGCGCCUCCUCAUUGAUGGAGAUGGUGCUGGAGAUGACCGGCGUAUAAAUGUGCUGCUGAAGAGCUUCAUCAAAUGGUGUCACUCAAAUGUGACGCCAGAAGAAGGGUUUACACAGUAUCAGAGGAUGCUGGGAACCUUGACGCAGUGCGAGUUCUCCAUGGGAAAGACGCUGCUGGUGUACGAUAUGAACCUGAGAGAAAUGGAGAACUAUGAAAAGAUUUACUCUGACAUUGGGCAGAGCAUAUCAUCAGCACAUGAGAAGAUAGCAGAGUGCAAGAAAGAAAUCCAGAGGGCUAAGAGGAUACGAAAGAACCGUCAAGAAUAUGAUGCACUGGCAAAAGUAAUCCAGCAACAUCCAGACAGACAUGAAACGAUGAAGCAGCUUGCCGCUCUGGACAAAGAGCUUCAGCAGCUUUCACAAAUUAAAGAGAAUGUGGAGGACAAGUUGGAGCUUCGUAAGAAGCAGUUUCAUGUGCUGCUUAGUACCAUCCAGGAGCUUCAGCAAACACUUGAGAAUGAUGAAAAAAUGGAAAGUGAUGAAGCGAGCCAAGAAAGCCCAGCAGAAAAUGGAGACUAGUUUUUCACUGUACAUUUUUUUUUUCUUUUAAUGUAAUUUUUCAUGAUUUCAUGAACCAACAAUGCAAUGCAUUUUGUUUUUAUAACAGCUGAGUACCUGUUGGAAUAAAGGUGAUGUUUUAAUA